AAAAUGAUCAGGUCACCAUAUAAAUAUCUCUCUAGCUCCUCACCCAUCCCGACCACCUAUACAUCCUCUCCGAUCAAAUACUACUUCCCAUAUGGACUUCGAGUCUGGCACUGGACUCGCCAUGCACAGCCAUGAAGAGAGCAAGGCACAGAGGAACGACGGCAACGCAAAAGUUUGCCGUAUUUGCGGUGACGAGAUCGCACCGAGAGACAACGGCCAAGUGUUUGUCGCCUGCCACCACUGCGGAUUCCCGGUUUGCCAGCCUUGUUACGACUAUGAGCGACGAGAGGGAAACCAGACCUGCCCACAAUGCAACACCCGUUACAAACGCCACAGAGGUUGUGCGAGGGUCGAAGGAGAUGAAGACGACGAAGGCGUAAAUAUGGAUGAUUUCGAUGAGGAGUUCCAAGUCAAGAGUCCUCCUAACAAGUCCCCCGAUCACAACCAAUUUCGCUUUGAUGUUAACUCGGAGAAUGGAGAAGAACGUGCACAAGCAUGGAGACCCAAUGAACGGAACUUGUCGUCCUUUGCAGGCAGUGUUGCCGGAAAGGAUUUGGACGUGGAGAGCAACCUGGAUUGGAAGGAUAGGGUGGAGAAAUGGAGGGAAAGGCAAGAUAAGAAAGGGCUGACCAACAAAGAUGAAGACCUCGGCCGGGAUGAUCAGGACAACAACAACUAUGAAGAUGAGAUGCUCAUGGCGGAAGCUCGACAGCCACUGUGGAGGAAAGUGCCAAUCCCAUCGAGCAAGAUUAACCCCUAUCGCAUCGUGAUCCUCCUCCGCCUCCUCAUCCUAGUCUUCUUCUUUCGGUUUCGUAUCAUGACGCCUGCGAACGACGCAUACGCCUUGUGGCUGACAUCGGUGAUCUGCGAGAUUUGGUUUGCUCUCUCUUGGAUCCUCGACCAGUUCCCCAAGUGGUUUCCCAUCACCCGUGAGACCUACCUCGACCGGCUUUCCCUGCGCUUUGAGCGCGAGGGGGAGCCAAACCGGCUCGCCUCGGUCGACUUCUUCGUGAGCACAGUGGAUCCGCUGAAAGAGCCUCCGAUAAUCACUGCCAACACCGUCCUCUCCAUUCUCGCCGUCGACUACCCGGUGGAUAAGGUCAGCUGCUACGUGUCCGACGAUGGUGCCGCCAUGCUGACCUUUGACGCCAUGUCGGAGACGGCGGAGUUCGCCAGGAGGUGGGCGCCCUUUUGCAAGAAGUACAGCAUUGAGCCCCGGGCCCCUGAGUUCUAUUUUUCACAGAAGAUUGAUUACUUGAAAGACAAAGUGCAGCCCAGCUUUGUUAAGGAGAGAAGGGCAAUGAAGAGAGAGUACGAAGAGUUCAAGGUAAGGAUCAAUGCGAUGGUUGCCAAAGCACAAAAGAAACCAGAGGAAGGAUGGGUGAUGCAGGACGGCACACCUUGGCCUGGCAACAAUACCAGAGACCAUCCCGGCAUGAUCCAGGUAUACUUGGGGAGUGCAGGCGCGCUUGACGUAGAGGGCAAGGAGCUACCUCGUCUCGUGUAUGUCUCACGAGAGAAGCGACCGGGCUACCAACACCAUAAAAAAGCUGGAGCCAUGAACGCACUGGUUCGGGUGUCGGCAGUGCUUACGAAUGCACCAUUCAUUUUGAAUCUAGAUUGUGAUCACUACCUCAACAAUAGCAAGGCUGUGAGGGAGGCCAUGUGCUUCCUCAUGGAUCCUCAACUGGGGAAGAAGCUCUGCUAUGUCCAGUUUCCUCAAAGAUUCGAUGGUAUCGAUCGUCACGAUCGGUAUGCGAAUCGGAACGUGGUUUUUUUCGAUAUCAACAUGAAAGGGUUAGAUGGCAUCCAAGGGCCGGUGUACGUCGGAACCGGUUGCGUCUUUAACCGGCCAGCUUUGUACGGUUAUGAUCCCCCCAAGUCAGAGAAGCGGCCAAAGAUGACGUGCGACUGCUGGCCUUCAUGGUGUUCCUGCUGCUGCUGCUGCGGUUCGAGAAAAUCCAAAGCUAAGAAAGGAGGAGAGAAGGGGGGAUUCUUAGGGCUUUACAGAAAGAAAGGCAAGAACAACAAGGUGGUAGUGAACAAGAAGAGUUACGGUAAGCGGGGAUUUGAGCUAGAGGACAUUGAGGAAGGUUUGGAAGGAUACGACGAGUUGGAGAAGUCGUCACUCAUGUCGCAGAAGAACUUCGAGAAACGAUUUGGACAGUCUCCGGUGUUCAUUGCAUCAACCCUCAUGGAGGAAGGUGGCUUGCCGGUCGGAACCAACUCUGUUGGCCUCAUAAAGGAGGCCAUCCAUGUUAUCAGCUGUGGCUAUGAAGAAAAAACCGAGUGGGGGAAAGAGAUUGGAUGGAUAUAUGGUUCAGUGACAGAAGACAUCUUGACCGGCUUCAAGAUGCAUUGCAGAGGUUGGAAAUCAGUAUAUUGCACUCCCAGUAGAGCAGCAUUCAAAGGCUCCGCUCCUAUAAAUCUCUCUGAUAGGUUGCAUCAGGUGCUACGUUGGGCAUUGGGCUCGGUGGAGAUCUUCUUGAGCCGACACUGUCCGCUAUGGUACGGUUAUGGUGGCAAUUUGAAAUGGUUAGAAAGAUUUGCCUACACCAACACCAUCGUCUACCCCUUCACAUCGAUCCCCCUCGUAGCUUAUUGCAUAAUUCCGGCCAUCUGCCUACUCACCGGGAAGUUCAUCAUCCCAACUAUUGAUAACAUAGCCAGUGUAUGGUUUCUGGCCCUUUUCUUAUCCAUCAUUGCCACCGGAAUCCUGGAACUCCGAUGGAGUGGAGUCAGCAUCCAAGACUGGUGGCGCAACGAGCAAUUUUGGGUCAUCGGCGGCGUCUCUGCCCACCUCUUCGCCGUCUUCCAAGGCCUCCUCAAGGUGCUCGGUGGGGUGGACACCAACUUCACUGUCACUUCCAAGGCUGCCGACGACGCUGAAUUUGGGGAGCUCUACCUCUUCAAGUGGACCACCCUUCUCAUUCCCCCGACCACAUUGAUCAUUCUGAACAUGGUUGGAGUUGUUGCCGGGGUGUCUGAUGCUAUCAACAAUGGCUACGGUUCAUGGGGGCCUUUGUUUGGGAAGCUCUUCUUUUCCUUCUGGGUUAUUGUCCAUCUUUAUCCCUUCUUAAAGGGGUUGAUGGGGAGGCAGAAUAGGACUCCAACCAUUGUGGUGUUGUGGUCCAUUCUACUUGCUUCCAUCUUCUCACUGAUUUGGGUGAGGAUUGACCCUUUCCUGCCCAAGCAGAAAGGGCCAGUGCUGAAGCAGUGUGGAGUGGAGUGUUAAACAACAUAUUGUCCAUCUUGAUAAGUUUGUUUCAUCUAGUAAUAUUGGUUGUGAAAUAUAUAUGCAUCAGUUCAACAACAGAGCAUAAUUUGAAAGGUCAA